AUGAGCCACCCCAUCGUGGAAGUUUUCGAGAAGAAAGAAACCAUGGAAGACCUGGCGAGAGACCCCAGGCCAGGGAUCGAACCGGGCACCUUCUGCAUGCAAAACAUGAGCUUUACAACGGAGCCAUGUGGCGAGGGUUGCCAAUCUUUAGAUAGUGACUGGAGACUGUGUGUGACUGGCUGUGUCGGUGCUCUGACGGAUCUUUCUUCCGUUCCCAGGUUCCCCCCUCCGCUAAUACGCCUCCUGAUCGACAAUUACAGCAUCCCCGCCGCCUGCUUCUCCAACCCUCCGGCGGCUCUGCAACUCCUCCAUCAGCAGAGCAUCGCUGACUACGGCAUCACUGGCACGAUGACCUUCCUCACCCUGUUGUCCAUCCUCAUCUUCAUCGAAGAAGCCUUGUACCUCUCUGAGAAGGUCCGCUGCCCCGUCAAGAUGAAAACGCUCAUCUGGAGUAGCUCAGCUCCCACGAUGGUGUCGAUAUUCUGCUGUUUCGGGAUCUGGGUGCCACGCUCCAUGACGGUGGUGGAGAUGGCCAUUGGCGCGUACUUUGCGGCCUGCUUCUACCUGCUGAUGCUGGUCAUGGUGGAGGGCUUUGGGGGGAUGGAGGCCGUGCUCAAGGCCCUGAAGGAUACCCCCGUGGUGAUCAGCACGGGGCCGUGCUGCUGCUGCUGCCCCUGUUGCCCCCGCAUCCGGAUGACCAGGCGCAAACUGAAGAUCAUGAUGCUGAGUACUUUCCAGUACGCCUUCUUCAAGGCAGCCGGCGUCUUCCUCGGGUUGGUCCUCAGCACAGAAGAUCUCUACGACCCCUCCGAUAUUUCAGCCGGGAGCGUGGCUCUGUGGAUAAACACUUGCCUGGGGGUAUCCACCCUCUUUGGUCUGUGGGGAUUGGCGGUCCUCUUCCGGCAAGCCAAGGGACACCUUGCGGAACAGAACAUGGUGGGGAAGUUCGCUUGCUUCCAGGUUCUCCUCAUCCUGACGGCGCUGCAGCCCUCCAUUUUCAGUAUCCUGGCAAACGGGGGCCAGAUCGCCUGCUCCCCACCCUUCUCCUCCAAAGCGAGGUCGCAGCAGAUGAACGUGCAGGUGUUGAUCAUCGAGACCUUUUUGAUGACGGUGCUGACGAGGAUGUAUUACCGGAGGGCGGACGACAGACCGGCGUACGGUCCGGUUACCCCUCCAGAGAGCAAGACAGAGAUCGGCAGCCACUGA